AUGGUCGCGGACGGCGAGUACAAUUUCUCUCUGACCACGUUCAGCCCUAGCGGGAAGCUAGUCCAGAUCGAUUACGCGCUGACUGGUAUUUCCAAAGGUGCGCCAACUCUGGGCAUCAAGGCGAAAAAUGGAGUCGUUAUAGCUUCGGAGAGAGCCACCCUCUCUCCACUGGUGGAAGCAGACUCGAUAUACAAGAUCGACCACGUCACGCGGAACAUCGGAGUUGUGGCCGCUGGCAUGCCGGCUGACUUUCGCAUAGUGCUGAAAAAGGGCAGGAAGGAGGCUAUGAAGUACAAGAUGAUGUACGGCGAUGACAUACCAGGGGCGGAGCUGGUAAAAGAGAUCGCCAGCAUCAUGCAGGAGUACACUCACUCCGGCGGCGUGCGCCCAUUCGGAAUAUCGCUGCUGCUUGCAUCGUAUGAUGAGGCUGGCCCGCAGUUGUACCAAAUCGACCCCUCUGGAGCCUACUUCGGUUGGAGGGCCACUGCUAUCGGCGGUCGUAUGCAGAACAACAUGACCUUCCUGGAAAAACGCUACAGCGAGGACUUGGAACUCGAAGACGCUAUUCAUAUCGCUAUACUUACAUUGAAGGAAGGUUUCGAGGGAGAGAUGACUGCCAACAACAUAGAGAUCGGAGUCGUUGGCACGGACGGGAUCUUCAAGAUUCUACCCAAAGACAUUAUCAGCGACUACCUCAACGAGCUCAUGUGA